UGAAAUGGAUCCAGAUAAUCGGUCUCAUCCAAGAGUGCCUGGAGCUGGGAUGCAACCACCCUCUCUAGAACCUUGCCCAGGAAUGGCACAUUUGCUACCGGCCUAUAGUUAUUCAAAUUAUCUGGGUCCAGGGAAGAUUUCUUCAAAAGCGGUCUCACCACCGCCGCCUUAAGGCAGUGCGGGACCACUCCCUCACCUAGUGAGGCAUUGAUCACUUCCCUGGCCCAGCCGGCAGUGCCAUCCCUGCUAGCUUUUAUUAGCCAAGAGGGGCAAGGAUCUAACACAGAAGUGGUUGUACGUACCUGUCCAAGCACCUUGUCAACGUCCUCAAGCUGUACCAAUUGAAACUCAUCCAACAAAAUAUGACCAGACUGUGCUCCGGAGACCUCAGUUGAUUCCACUGCUAUAACUUUGGAGUCUAAGUCCUGACGAAUGCAAGAGAUUUUAUUCUGGAAGUGCUUUGCAGAUUCGUCACAUCGAGCUUUAGAAGAUUCCAUCACGUCCUUAGGGCCAGAAUGUAAAAGCCCUCUGACAGUAUGAAACAGCUCCGCCGGACUGGAGAUAGAGGCGACGAUGGCACUGUUGGGAAAGCUGUCGGAUGGGCCGCCAAACAACUCCAGGCCUGACCAGUGGCACUUAGUCUUCUCUCAAAAAGAUGAAGUCAUCACUAGCUUAGUAUCUGCCUUAGAUUCUAUGUGUUCAGCACUUUCUAAACUCAAUGCUGAAGUUGCCUGCAUUGCGGUCCAUGAUGAAAAUACCUUUGUCGUUGGCACAGAAAAGGGGAGAAUCUUCAUGAAUGCCAGGAAAGAGGUCCAGACCGAUUUCAAGAAGUUCUGCAGAGUCCAGCAGAAGAAAGAUCUGGAUGGACAGAAGAAGGCCAAGGAUUUUGGCCGGACAAUUCCCCGGAUCUCCCCGGGUCAGGGAUCUGACGUUUACCUCCUCAGGAAGAUGGUGGAAGAAGUAUUCGACGUGCUUUACAGUGAGGCCUUAGGGAAGAGCAGUGUGGUGCCACUGCCGUAUGAGAAGUUCUUGAAAGAGCCUGGUUCUCUGAUGGUCGCUGGGUUGCCUGACGGGCUCACCUUCAGGAGGCCCACUGAGUAUGAUGCAAAAUCUCUGAUGGCCAUUUUAGAGCACAGCCACAGCAUGUGCUUCAGGCUAAAAAGGCCGCCCGAGGACUCCGUCAGGGAAGCCAACCCUCCCGUGAACUGUCCUGCUGUAAUAUCAAAGGGUAAUCGGGAGCUGGGCCUAAACAAUGGGCAUGCUAAACUGGCCAAUCAAGAUGCUGUUCCUGGGGUUACCACAAACAACUUCCUGUAUGGGGUGUCGCUCCCCACUCAGAUCGCCAUGGAGAUAAAGCAGGAGGGUCCCGUUGGCCGGCACGGGAUGGGUGCAGCCAGCGAGAUACUGAGGCCCCGGCCGUCAGGAGAAGCGAAGGUGCCCUCGCCACAGGAAUUUGGUGACUGCUGUGGACAGAAAACUGCCCUCCCCAGUGGUCCACUCAUCCAGAAUGUCCACUCCUCCAAACGCAUCCUCUUCUCCAUCGUUCAUGACAAAUCAGAUAAAUGGGAUGGCUUCAUCAAAGAAACAGAAGAUAUCAACACCCUGCGGGAAUGUGUGCAAAUUCUGUUCAACAGCCGAUAUGCUGAAGCUUUGGGGCUGGAUCACAUGGUUCCUGUCCCGUACCGGAAAAUUGCUUGCGACCCGGAAGCAGUAGAAAUCAUCGGCAUUCCUGACAAGAUUCCGUUCAAGAGGCCCUGCACAUAUGGAGUCCCCAAGCUCAAGCGAAUAUUGGAGGAGAGGCACAACAUCCACUUUGUGAUCAAAAGGAUGUUUGACGAAAGAAUUUUUACAGGAAGUAAAUUUACCAAAGAUACAACCAAGAUAGAACCGUCCAGCCCUUCUGGGGAAAUCUCACCUGAUCCACAUAGAAUGGCGUUUCUUGACCUAGCAGGAACUUCACAGGCCAAUCACAGGUCUGAAAAAUGCCCCAUUUCUGGAGAGUGUGAACCAGGUACUUCGGGAGAACUUGGAGGAAUAAAACGCAUCAAAAUGGAACCGGAUGAAGUGGAUAUCAUCCAAAUCACCGUUUCAGAUAAAGGCCCCAGCAAUGAUUUGCAACAUAAUGAGAAGCUGAUGGAGGGCAAAGAUGGCGCAGGUGACGUUUUAAGUCACUUGAGGAAACAAGUCGAAAUUUUGUUCAACGCAAGAUACGCUAAAGCCAUAGGAAUUUCCGAGCCUGUCAAAGUCCCAUAUUCCAAAUUCCUGAUGUACCCAGAAGACCUCUUUGUCGUGGGCUUACCAGACGGAAUCUUGCUCAGACGCCCAAACUGCUUUGGGAUUGCAAAACUGAAAAAGAUUCUUCAGGCAAGCAGCAGCAUCCGGUUUGUUAUCAAGAAACCAGAACUGCUCACUGAAGGAGUGAAGGAGACAUCUUCUGACAGCCCAGGAACAAUAGCCAGUGAGAGAGACUCCAGCGAACGUCUUGUAGAGGAACCUGUGAAAAGGUCAGGAUUUCAAGAAAAUUAUGACACUCGGCUUUCGAGAAUAGAUAUCGCGAACACGCUAAGGGAACAGGUUCAAGAUCUGUUCAACAAAAAAUAUGGCGAGGCUUUGGGCAUCAAGUACCCGGUCCAAGUGCCGUACAAGCGCAUCAAAAGCAACCCAGGCUCCGUGAUCAUCGAAGGGCUGCCCCCGGGAAUCCCCUUCCGGAAACCCUGCACCUUCGGCUCCCAGAACCUGGAGAGGAUACUAGCCGUGGCAGAGAAGAUCAAGUUCACGGUAACCAGGCCUUUCCAAGGACUCAUUCCUAAGCCUGCCCCUAGACGGAUAUCUACCUUGGAAAAAGCUUACGCUGCUUUAAACGAUGAGGACGAUGCAAACAGAUUGGGGGAGAAGGUAAUCCUUCGAGAGCAAGUGAAGGAACUCUUCAAUGAGAAAUAUGGAGAGGCUUUGGGCCUGAACCGACCAGUCCUGGUGCCGUACAAAUUGAUCAGGGAUACUCCCGAUGCCAUUGAAGUGACCGGUUUGCCAGACGACAUCCCCUUUCGGAACCCCAACACCUACGACAUCCACCGGCUGGAGAAGAUCCUCAAAGCACGAGACCAUAUCCGGAUGACAGUUACCAACCAGCUCCAACCAUUUGCAGAUGUGGGUUCUGAGGCAAAACAGCCAGAAAAUGACAGCACCAUUCCUAAACGGAAGCGGAAGAGGAUCUCAGAAGGGAAUUCGGUAUCUUCCUCCUCCUCGUCAUCCUCCUCCUCCUCUUCAAAUCUGGAGUCAACGCCGUCAACCAAUCAGAUCUCACUUGUGCAAUGGCCCAUGUACAUGUUGGACUAUGGCGGUCUCAACGUUCAGAUCCCAGGACCUAUGAAUUAUUGAGACCUCAGCUGCUGAAUCAGAACCUCAGACACAAAAAAAUCACUGACGAUGUGUAAUUUUUUUGUACAAAGUGUAUAUUCCAAUAUGUAUCGAUGCCUUUUAGUUUUUCCAAUGAUUUUUACACUAUAUUCCUGCCGCCAGGGCCUUUUUGAAUAAAAAAAGAAAGAAAGUGUUGCCUUGCUCUUAA